CUCUCUUUAUAUAUAUAUGGAGGGCAGCCAGCCAGUAGUGGCCGCGGGAGUCUGCAGCAGUGCCAUGGAGAAGACCGCACCGCUGUUGAGCUUCUCCAUGGAGCUCUUUCUUUUUCCCUCAUGGCUCACAGAUGCCUCUCUCUCUCCCUCCCUCUCUGUAUCUCUCUCUCGCGUCAGAAUUUUGUUGCUUGCUGUCUUGGGUGAGAUCAACAUCGCACGUGUUGGGUGAAUCCUAUGCAGUGCCUUGGAAUUUUUUAUUGCUUGCGUUAAAUCUGAGGAAUUGAUGGUUGCACAUAAAUUGUUUGAUGAAAUGCCUCAGAAGGAUGUGGUGUCCUGGAACUUGUUGAUUGUAUCUGUGGGUUAUGUGAAAGGCAGGGGAUGUGAAAAUCUGCAAUGUCAUUACGAGUGCGAGUAAUUGAUGAUGAAUAAGGAACUUAUUUAGUAUUUGGUCUGUCCGAGUUUUGAAUUCCGGCAGUCAUCAUUUUUCUCCACCUUCUUAUCAUGACAGAUUGGCCAACUAAUCAUGCUUCUAGGCUCUAUUUACUCAUACUACAGGCUGCUUUGAAGUGCAAACUAAAGACUCUAACAGUUAGAAACCUGAUUAUAUAUUUCCUUUGUUUAUAUUUGAAGUUCUCAGUCGUACUUUAAGGUUCGGAACUCGUAAGUUACUGAAAAAAUUAGCUUGUAUCUCUCUCUCAGUUUACAAUUUUGCCUUAAAGACAGUUUGGAGGAAUUUGUAGCUACAAAUUUUGCACGAUAGUGUAUUGCCACAAAGUCUGUCUUCACAAUAAUGAAUAAUAUAGUCUACUUUGAGGCAUGGGACGAUAUUAUUGCAUACUUGGUACUUGGUAGGGCAUAUUGUUCGUCUAAUCUUCCCUUUUUUCAAAGGCUUCACCAAAUAUCUGCAAUUAUCUUAUGAAUAAUCUAGGCAUUGGAAGAUGUUUAACCUAGCUUGUUUAUGGAGGGCAACCUGUCUUGUGCUAGGCUUAGCCAAGUGCUGGUUACUGUGGCAUGUCUGUUCAAAGUAUAUGCAUAUAUGAUUGUUUCUUUCCUUUUGGGUUGCUCUUGUAUUUGUCUAAUUUUUCUGGUUUGACAUUGACAGAGUGUUCAUAUGACUCAUAAACAUUGUAAUUUGGGACAAGGCCCAUGAUUAGUAAGGCUGGUAAAGAUUGAGCGAUAAAAUGUCUAACUUAAGUGGAAAAAGGAAAACUGUCACUCCUAAUGAACAAAAGCGGAGACAUAUAUGAAUUAAAUGUUGUCAUAAUUUCAUGUCAACCUGAUUUUUUCAUUAUUUUGUUGACAUUAUAUAUUUCAGUAAGUUGAUCUUGAAGCUUAUGCUUCAAUGCCUCAAGGGUUAUGUCUCAUCUCAUGGUAGGCUCAAUGCUUCUUCCCUUGCCUCAAUGCCUCUAACAACAUUGUGAAGGUGGUUGAACACACAAAUAACAGACACCCACCUUAAAAGGCCAUUAAAAUUGCACAUUUUGAAAAAGAAAGGCCAUAUAUAAAUUGGUUAUAAAUUCGUUAAAAUUUAUGUCUAUUCUAAGUCAUGUGGGGCAUUUUCUAUUUUUUGACUAAAAUCUUUAACAAUGAGAAAAUUAACUUUCAAAUCCCUAAAAGACUAGUUUUUAUGAAGUUCUAUGUGGUAUCUGUUAACCCGAUAAACUCUGCCUUUUUUUUGAAAACCCAAAUCGCACACCUUGUUUUCACAGGCAAGCUAUAGUCUCCAGCAACGAAUGAUGCCUUCUCUCUCUAUUUCUAUUUCCAUAGCAGUCAGGCCAUAGUUUCCGUAAUGGUGAUGUCUUUCUCUCUCUAUUUCUAUAUCCACUGCAGGCAAGCCUUAGUCCCUAGCAGCAACGAUGAGCUUUCCUAUGAACUCCAGCCCUUCUCUCUCUCUCUCUUUCUUUUUUCCUGGACUCUUGAAUUGGAGUGAAAGCAAACCAGAGAUUCCAACAAACUCUUAUCUGAUUGAACACCUAGAUAUCCAAGCGCACAUGCUCCAGACAAAACAAGGAUGCCCUUCUUCUCCUCCACCAUUUUAAUUCCUCCCUUAAACUGGAAAACAACCUCCCCACAACUCUGUGUGCACAUCUGGCUCGCUUGUUUCAAUAUCACCUUGAAGUGGGCAGCACUCAUCGACUUAUAUGCCAAAUCCAACAACCUCUUGUUUGCUGAAGUUCCUUUGCAUGAUGUUCUAUUGGACCACUCUCCUCACCACUCAAUCUAAUUUGGUUAAUGGUGGAUUUUCCCGUGAGCUGUUCGUCACAAGGGUACAGAAAAAGCUUAUUACUUGGCACAGCCAUGGGAGUUGAGGAGACUCCAAACAUGUCCAUGAAGAAGAAGCGUUCUCUUGAGGCCUUAGAGCAAAGAUUUGCCAAGAUCAAUUCACCCAACCAAGUCACCAACCAAAGUUUACCUGCUGUUGCCCCCUGCUCUCCCUUCUCCUCGGUACCUGUCACUGGCCCUGUCUUGCGUGCUUCUUCCAAGAAACAAAGCAGCAAAGAUUCAGAAGAUGAUCCUACAUAUUUCAAGUUAUCUAAGCCUGUACAUGAGAACUUGUUGAAAUUAGAGGAAAAGCUUUCAGGUGUAAAUGAAGCUCAUGCGGUCCAGAAAAUUGUAAAUAGCCUAAUAGAAAAUGGAGACAAAGCUGAGCAUUAUAGGCGAGGUGUAUUAAGGACAAAAAUAGAUCAUUCUCUUUUGCUUGAUAAUUACGUACAACGGAAUGGUGGUUCUAUGAAAUCUCGCAGAAGGUUAUUGCAGAAACACACAAAGCGGUCAAAACAUCAUAUGUCACUGAAGCAACAUCGACAAUGUGGAUCCUUUGAUGUUCCAAAAAUGUUCCACAACUUUGAUUCCUGCAAACCAAUGAACCAUAUGUGGGAAGAAUACAUCAAAGAACUUUUACAUGAGAAAAGGAAAAAUGGGAUUGCCCAGCACCUGCUGACAGCAGAUUUACAUGGCGCUAUUCUUCUAGUUGCUGAGAGUAAGAUAGCUGGUUUCACUGGAGAAUGGGGCAUUAUGAUUAGGGAAACUGCACAGACAUUUGGGAUAGUCACUGUUAAUAAUGUAUUUCGCGUUGUGCCUAAAAGGGGAUCUACUUUCAUUCUCCGAGCUGAUAAAUGGAAAAUUACUUUGAUUGGGGACAAGCUUCUUUCAAGAAAUGGAAUCGUUGUUUAAUUGGGGCAAUUACAUGGACUGCUAUAAGAAGUAACAGGGAGGGGGAGGCUUUCAGGCCCAUCCCCCUUAUGGCAUAACAGACAAGUCGCCUUCAGGUUUAAUGGCACGUGUAUUUUUCCUUUUCCUUUUUGGUUUAUGGGUAUAGUUGAAACUGUCCAUAAUGUUGAAAUUUUCCUCGAGCUCAAGUUAUAGUCCCACUGGUCACAAUUUUAUGCCAGUGACACGAAUGCUGGUAUUGUAGUAAAUGGUAGCGCACUGCUGCAAGCCCAUUAUUUGUCCUUUUAUUUUCAAAUAAUUUGAAUGUGUGCAAUAAAUCAAAGAAGUGAAAACUUGUCAUU